CUUUUCGUUCCCAGCAUCAACCGCCCAACUCAACACAGCGCCUCGUCGACCUACGGAGCAGAGUGACUCGUCCAUCUCCGACCGCCACCUAGCCGAACCCCUUCUCAUCCAACCCCGCCAAAGGUCUUGCCGCCAGAGCAAGGGCCCUCGCGAAACCCAAACCGUAGUUCCCCGCCCCGACGGAGCCGAAAACGACGGAGCGAACGAUCAAUAACCGCCCAUCAAACAGCCGUGCGUAAAACAGAAAGAGCCGCACCCAUGGCCGCCAACACGAAAUACGCCCCGGCGCAGACGCAGGACCCCGACGAGCACGUCGACUACACGUCGGCGCCGCCCAGCUACCAGGCCGCGGGCGGGCCGUCGGCGGCCGACUCGGACGCGGAGCGGCUCCUGGGCGGCGGCGCCCCGCGCAGCAGCGAGGACAACGUGCCCGACGAUUUCAAGUUCGGCGGCUCCGUGUCCGAGGCCACCAUCGACAUACGGCACCAGUUCAUCCGCAAGGUGUACGCCAUCCUGUCGGCGCAGCUGCUCCUCACGGGCGCCGUCUCGACCCUCGGUUUCGUCAGCCAGGGCUACCGCGACUGGACGCGCGCCCACCCGGGCGCGCUCUGGCUCUCGCUCUUCGGCGCCAUGGGCCUGAUGAUGCUCACCUUCUGGAAGCGCAAGGAGUACCCGACCAACCUGCUCUUCCUGGCCGGCUUCACUCUGCUCGAGGCCUACACCGUCUCCGUCAUCGUCACGCUGUUCGAGUCGUCCAUCGUGCUGUCGGCCGUCGCGCUGACGGGGGGCAUCUUCAUAUUCCUGACCGCCUUCGCCUGCCAGACAAAGUACGACUUCACCUCGUGGGCCCCCUACCUGUUCGGAGGCCUCUGGGGGCUCGUCCUGUUCGGAUUCGUCGCCGCAUUCCUGCCGUUCAACUCGACGGCCGACCUCAUCUACGGCGGGCUCGGCGCGCUCAUCUUCAGCGGCUACAUCCUGGUCGACACCCAGCUCAUCAUGCGCCACCACCACGUUGAGGAGGAGAUCGCGGCUGCCAUUAGCCUGUACCUCGACAUCAUCAACCUCUUCCUCGCCAUCCUGCGCAUCCUCAACAAUCAGUCCAACAACUAGAGCCCUUUCUAGUCAUCCACGGCGCCUCGAACGCCUGUAUCCUGUCAAAACAACCUAUUUGGGGUUCUGCCGAGUUUUUAUUUUAACAUUGAUUAUGCUUUUCUUUGGUCUACUUGAAGUAUCCUUGGGCGCGGCCUUGGAAAGUCAAGUCAGCUUUGCACAGCUGUCUAACAUAACAGCGUCAAUUCCGGGCGCAUGGCAGGAUGUGUUGGGACACCUGGGUCACUGCUGUUUUCCAGUCUCUGCUGCUUGUUUUGUUUUUGUAUCCCGUUUCUUUUCCAGUUUCGUCGGGAAUAGUUUGGUUGGAGGAAUGGCAUGGAAUCAAUUUGCCAGGCUGUUUGGGUUUGCUUGAAUCGUGGUAGUUGUAAGCCUGAGUAAGGCUGAAGAAAUGGAGUGGUGAUCAUUCUUGCGA